AUGCAGUUCCUCAAGUUCGCUCUUGCUGCCGUUACUAUCGGCUCCGCCAUUGCCGCCCCGGCUCCCGUCAAGCGUGACGGUGAGGUCAUUGUCACCGUCACCGGCGUUGUCACCAGCGUCAAGGCUCUCGUCGAGGCUGAGCUGUCCAACGUCGAGUCCGUCCUCGGCGACGUUGUCUCCGACGAUGUCAUCCCCACCGUCAACACUGCCCUCGGCAACAUUGUCACCGAGGUCAACACCCUCGUCGGCGACAUUGUUCCCCUCGUCACCGGAAUCGUCUUCCCUCUCGUCGACGCCGAGCUCGAGAACGUCCCCGAGCUCCUCUCCGAGGUCAAGGACCUCGUCUCCGACAUUGACACCACCGUCAACAACCUCCUCAACGCCGUCGUUGGUGAUGUCCUGACCGCCGUCAAGCCCGAGGUCAAGGCUGUCCUCAACAUUGUCGAGCCCCUCCUGACCCCCGUCCUUGGCCUUGCCGACUCUGUCGUCUCCACUGCCACCGGUACCGUUGUCGACGACGUCAAGGGCCUCGUUACCGACAUCAACAACAUUGCUGGCGGUAUCCUCACCCCCGUCACUGGUCUCCUCAGCAUCCUGUAA